CCAAUGCUGAACAAGUACCAAAAAGUGUGUUAGUUAGUGAAAAAAUUCGUGAUUAUAUUACAUGUGGUGAUUGUGAAAAAUGGCGUUGUGUUUAUAGUGAUAAAGCAUUAAAUCAAGAGGAGAUACAGGAUUUUAAACAAUCUUUGGAUACAUAUGAUUAUUCUU